UUUAUUGCUCGAUUUAUGAACGAUUCGUUCAAAGGUUGGACCCAUAAAUAUCUUCCAAUUAAGUUUUUUUGUUAUGGUAACUAAUUUUACAGGUUUGAAAAUACGUAUCCCGUGUUGAUACAAAGAGCCAUCUGUUGUUGCUCUGUUUUUGGAUAAAAGUGGACCGAGUUUGUGUUGCCGGCUUCAUAACUGGAUCCCCAUCACCAUGACCGGGGUCCCUCAUGCUGGAUCCCUGGUGGUCUCUGACUGGCACCGAUGUCCGGACAGCAAAGAAUAUUUCAGCAAAAUCCUCCACAAGAAGAGACGCAAGCGCUUUGGCCUGCUGGAGUCACCGGUGAUGCCGCCUCAUGUACCUGUGGAUACAGUCCAUUAUAAGAUCUUCCUCUCUGGCAAAAGUGGUGUUGGGAAAACGGCUCUGGCUGCACGUCUCGCUGGCUUGAAUAUUCCCACAGUACAUCAUGAAACUACAGGCAUUGAGACUACAGUGGUGUACUGGCCAGUGAAGCUCAGAGAAAGUGGCCGGGUGCUCUUCUUCCGCCUGCAGCUGUGGGACUGUGGAGAGAACGCGUUACGCAGAUUUGACCAUUUGCUUCCAUCCUGUAAGGACCAGGUGGACGCCGUCCUGUUCCUGUUCUCCUUCACUGACAGGACGUCAUUUGACGAUCUGUCAAAUCAGAUCACCAAAUGGACCGAAUCGUCUGCUGGCUGUGUGAAGGUGGUGGUUGGCACCAAAUUUGACCUUUUCAUGCACUGUGAUGUGUCCGGCAGAGAGGUCAGGGACUUCCAGGAGAAAUGGAGCUUACCGGUGCUGCGAACGGGUGGAGAGGUCACCGACGUUUUAGGCGACGUAGCGCCGAUCCUCAACUGCCUCUCAGAGAACCUGUGGCAUCAAGACUGCGUUACGGCUGGAUCUCUGAGCCGCCCAUCUCAGCCGGAGACGACGGCGCUGUAACUCCUGGAGAGAGCUGAGCUCCGGGCGGCUCUCUCUACUGCCAGUGGCUGCAUUAAUGCUUUGAAUGAUUCAGAUUUUUUUUCAUUUCUAAGUUAGCAUGACUGAUGUCAGUUUUGUGGCACCACUGCUUUCCUUGCAACGGAGGAUUUAAAAGCUGCCAUAUCAUUUCCAGUGAAAUCUGUGGCUAUAAGUCAAAUGUUCGGUCUUGUGUAUUUACAAAAGUAGUAGAAUCUGUGCUUGUGAAGAAAUACAUGUUUUUGUUACAUUCACAAUAUCUUUUGCUGGUUGUGCUGAAUAUUGUCCAUAUUUCAUGAUAAAAAAAAAUUCUGUUAAGUUUUUGGGAUUAGAA